AUGCGAUUUUCGGUCACAUUCAUCGUCUCAGUGCUGAUCAGUGCUACUAUGGCCGGUGCAAAGACGACUACCUACCAAUACGGCCCUAACGUCCUCCAGACAUACAACGUUUACAUCCCCUCUUCCUCCGGAAACGGGUCUGCCUCGGCCGGCAAGUACUGGCUCGUUUGGAUUCAUGGGGGUUUCUACCGCGACCUUGCUCAAAACUCGACGGGCGUCAAUGCGGCCAUUGCCUCACUCGAGGCCAACAGUUCAGACAUUGUCGCGAACCAAGUCGCUGGAAUUGCCUCAUUGAACUAUCGUCUCUCUGCUCUGCCCGGCGUCCAGCCCAACAACACCCCGUCAAACGAACUGCAGAACGCGAGAUGGCCAGAUCACUUGAACGAUGCUGUUGCCGCGCUUAAAGACUUGAACAAGCACUACCCCAUUGAUGGAAACUACGUCCUCUCUGGUCACUCCGUCGGCGCUCAGAUCUCCUAUCUCGCCGCCCUGGAGACGCUUCAAGACCCCUCCGUGCCAAAGCCUGCGGUUGUCUUGGGUAUUAGCGGAAUCUACGACUACCCGCAACUCCACAUCACCAAUCCCAGUUAUGACUACCUCGUUCUCAACGCCAUGAGGGAAGACCAGUUGGUGGAAGCAAGUCCUUCCGAAGUAGGAGCUGAGAAGUACGCAGCACUGGGCCCGAAAGCCUUCAUUUUGGCACACAGCAGGGAUGAUGGACUUGUUCCGUGGGAUCAGGCAGAGACCAUGGAGGCUACCUUGGGAAGCUUGCCUGAGCUGGAGGAAAAAACUCAUUUUAUCGAGCUUCAGGGCACGCACAAUGACAUUUGGCGAAAUGGUAUGGCUCUGGCAACAGCGUUCACAGAAACUCUGGCUCUGUUGAAAGCACAGUCUUGA